UAUGGGUAAUACAAGUGGAAGAGGGACUGGUUUAGAGGGUUGCCAUGAAAAGCAAUCAGAUUGGAACAAAGGGAGAAAAUUGAAAAUUAAAAUUGAUGGCCCUUUGAAAGAAAUACGGAUGAUUGUUGUAGGAAAAAUGGGAGUGGGCAAAAGUUCGCUUUGCAAUACUCUUCUCGGUUUGAACAGAUUUGAAUAUGGAGAUUCAAUGAGUGCCGUAACAAUAACUGCCCAAGUAGGAUGCGUUGACAGGUUCAAAAGAAACAUAUUUGUCAUUGAUACGCCAGGGUUCAGAGAUUUAGAUAAAACAAGUGAUCAAGAAAUUAUUGAACUUGCCAGCCAUAUCUGUGAACAUAUGCUUCGCAUUUCGCCAGGGUUUCAUUGCAUUGCUAUGGUUCUGAAUGCUGAUGAGCGAUUUUCAAGUGAAGACAAAGAAGUAAUUGAGGAUGUCAAGAAGGUUUUUGGAAAUAAUGUAAUGGAUCACAUGAUAUUGGUUUACAAUAAAUGCAACGGCCAAGAAGACAUAGAAAACUUACUAAAAACAACAAAUCCAGAGUUUUGUAAGCUGUUGGCUGAAGUGAAUGGCCGUGUAUUCCCUGUUUAUCGUGACAGUGCAGACUAUGAGAAACAAGCAUGUGCACGGGCAUUUUUUGAAAGGGUCGACGCUUUAUGUAGUGACAUGGGUGCUAUCUACACAAACGAAAUGCUUCUUGAGGCGUGGAAAGCCGUAGAAAACGAAAUCAAGACACCACAUGACAGAAUGAGAAUCAAAGAUCUUCAGAAGAAAAUCGAUCGUUUACGUCUUGUUAGAUAUUUUUUGAAUCUUUUUCGAUCCUGAAAUAUUUGUCUUGUUUAUUUGAUGGUUUGAACAUUUAUGUAUCUUAGUGAAAAUAUAUCAA